CUUGUACAUUUGUGAAAUGUAAGUUGCGGUCACUUGCGGCAGUAUUUGUCAUCUGUGCAAACAGCGUACAAGCUACACAACAAAUAAACCGCUGCAAGCAACAGUUCAAUUUAUUGUUAAGACUUGUGUAUUAAAAACAAGACGUUCGCAACGCCAGCUUAGCAGCGAACACAUCACCACAUCACCAACAUCUGCAACAGCAACAGCAACCACAAAACAGCUCUUCAAGAUGUCUUCACGUAAAACCGCCGGACGUCGUGCCACCACCAAGAAACGCGCCCAACGUGCCACCUCCAAUGUGUUCGCCAUGUUCGAUCAGGCGCAGAUCGCCGAGUUUAAGGAGGCCUUCAAUAUGAUUGACCAGAAUCGUGAUGGUUUCGUGGAGAAGGAGGAUCUGCACGAUAUGCUCGCAUCGUUGGGCAAAAAUCCCACCGAUGAUUAUUUGGAUGGCAUGAUGAACGAGGCGCCGGGACCAAUUAACUUCACCAUGUUCCUCACGCUGUUCGGUGAACGCCUGCAGGGCACCGAUCCCGAGGAUGUGAUCAAGAAUGCCUUCGGUUGUUUCGAUGAGGAGAACAUGGGCGUGCUGCCCGAGGAUCGUUUGCGUGAGCUGCUCACCACAAUGGGCGAUCGUUUCACAGAUGAAGAUGUCGAUGAAAUGUAUCGCGAGGCACCGAUCAAGAAUGGACUAUUCGAUUAUCUGGAAUUCACACGCAUUCUCAAGCACGGCGCCAAGGACAAGGAUGAGCAAUAGGCUGUUUGCAAAGAAAACACUUUUUAUACGUAGUUUUUUUUGCUGAAUGAUAACAAUUCCAGCUUCCGGUGCGGCGCCUCCCACACUUCCAGCUGCCCAGCCGGCGAAUAAUACUGUCCAAGAAAACAAAAACGAAGAAAAAACUGUCAGACGAAUCGUGUAUUUUUUGAUAAAUUAAUAUUAAUAUUAUUAUUGCCACCUCUCCUAUUGAUUAAUCAACUAUCUACAUAUGUUUUUCAAUUUUUUUUCGUGCUCCGUUUUGCAUUUCCAUCUACUAUAUAUAUAUUACAAUUCGAGAACAAUGCGCAAUGAAUUCUUUCCCGAUUCGCAUAAGUAUUAACUCAUCUACUAGUAUAUACAUAUAUGAUUAUUAUAUAUAUAUAUAUAUAAACGUAUACAUACCUAAAUACAAAUACAUUGCCCAUUGUAGACGCUUAGUUCGUUAACUUGAAUGUGUCCCACACUUGUCUUUCUCUUCAGUUAUUGUUAGCAUAUAAUAAUAUAAAUAUAAAUUGUACUUAACAACUCUACUCUACUACUAUAAUCGAAUGUAUUCAACGCUCGUUGGCAACGGCGAGUCAUGACGUCGCUGGAUGCGCUUCUUGAAAGCAUCCAUCAGCUGAUUUAGCACAUCCGCAAACAGUAUCGUUCCAAAGAAGACGAGCACCGUGCCCAGCCAAUGGCUGAUCGUGAAGGGGUUCCUAAAGUACAUGAUCGAGAACAGCAGCGAGACAAACUUUCGCAGCGUCACCACCAAAGUGACAGUGAGCGAGGCGCACUCUGUGGUCAGCACAUAGACCGAGGCAAUGCAGAUGUACUGGGUGAUCACAUUGAAUAGCAGAUAGACGAACAUCAGGGGAAACGAGAGGCUCCAGCUGGUGCCGGGCAAUGGGAUCGACAUCGCUUCCGAGUUGACAGCGAUGCUCCAGUGCUGGGCAAUGUUGCUGGCCAUCACCAGGAAGCCGGGCAGCGGCAGCAUGUGUGUGUAGAACAACGCCUCGUUGGGAUGCUUGCCGUGGCGCUUGAAGAUCACCUCCUGAUAGAUGCCCAUGUAGGCGGUGACAAGCAGCGCGAUCGCCAGCAAAGCGAUGCCCACGCACCACCAGAAAAAGUCCGAGUACGAUGUUUCCACUUUCAGCGAGUGAUGUGUGUUGUCCUUGACAUCUGUGCUCGACAUUAGAGUGCAGAGUAUUAUUCCAGCUGUGAUCAUGGCCACCGAACUGUAUUGCCUGAGAUUGUAACGCUUCUUUAGGAGUAUAAUGCCCAUGAUCAUGUUGGCCAUGAGCGAACCACUGCGAAAGAUCAUGUGCAGCGGCAUCGGGAUAUUGAAGUUGAAGGCGUAAUUGUUGCAGACGUUGGCUCCAAAGAACAACACCACAAGCAUCACGUAGUCGCGCAUGCUGAUUUUGGGGCGAACGGUGAAGAAUUUGGAGGUGAAGACGAGACCCUCGACGGCGAUGAAGAGGAACUGCAGAAAGGUGAUCAGAUUGCCGGCGCCGGGAUCGAUUUUGAUGAUCAGCUCGAGGAAGACGACGUUACUGCAGCAGCCGACAAAGACGAAGAUCAUUGCCAUGAAUGCCUUUAAAUUGAAUGAUGCCAUGAUGAUGACGCUCCCUCUGCACGGUGGAAGGGCGAAACGAAGAAUGGUCUUUUUUUUAGUAUAACGUUCUCUCUUCUGUGCUCUCUGGUAAUCAAGUUCAUUAUUCUAACGCUAUCAACGUUGAAUUCGUUGUUCAACAUGAAACAUUGCCACUACAUUAUUAAUUUAUUAUCUUUUGCAGUCGAGAAAUGAAAACGAUAUUUCUUUGUUUCCAACUUCAAUCAUUCUGUUUGCCUUCGAGUCUACUCAAUUUUUACGGAGUACCUGUAGUUCAAAGUGUUGAUCUAAUACUAAAUGAAAACUGACCAAAAAUCGCACGGCAGAAAUGCCAAACUUAAGUUUAAGCACAGUAACUAUGAUGAAUAAUCGAAGUACCCUGCAUUAUUUGGUGAUUUCUCAAGCGAAGGAGCUGCAAUUUUCAGAAUAUUUACGGAAUACAAUACACUAGACUUGAGUUAAAAAAUUCGCUUCAUAAAUUUAUAGAUCAAAUUGGUAUUGGUAUUCGAGCAAGUGACUAAGUGAUGCUCGGCUUUGUUGAUUCAACUGCUCGACUAGCGACAGACAAUAGAAGAACAAGCUAUGCGAUGGAGAACUUUAAAAGAGAAGACAGUUGAGAAUUUUUACCAUUUUCGAAGUGGGAUUGCAGAAAGGCGAAUGCAAAGGGAAGGAAAAGAAUAUAAGGUGAGAGAGUGAAAAGACUUAGUGAAGAGAGGGUUAGAAACAAAAGAGUAAGAAGAAAAUAGUUAAAAUUCUGUUAAGUAAGUUAGAAAA